UCUGUCUCAGGCUGACCAGUUGAUGUUUGCGAUGCACUUUGUAAAAGGCAUGUACCCUGAAUUCUUCCAGGAGAGUGAAUGGGAUGUCUUCACUGGAUCCAUCGUAGGAGAAAUGUUUAAGAAAGAAGAGUUCCCUUCUUGGAUUGAUCAGGAGAGACAAGGAGCAGUGGCCAUUUUUAAAGCUACAUUCCCAGCCCUCUACCAGUCCCUGUGUUUGAGUGAUUUAGAACUGUGGCUGUCCUUCUCACAGAGCUCGCAGUGUGAACAGGAAAUCCCAUCCUCCAUUGUCAAGAAGAUUACUCCCUUCCAGCAGCUGUUAUUGGUUCAGGCAGUCAGACCAGACCGACUGCAGAGUGCCAUGGCAGUAUUUGCCACCCAGGCCUUGGGUAAGUGUUUCAUUUUGGGGCAUUUCAUCGUUUUUAUGAUUUCAAUACAUGUUGCUAAGUAGACUGGAGUUAAACUUAGUACCGUUCUACUAUGGUGGACCACAAUACACAUAAAAAAGCAUUUAUUAUUCACACCGAUUUUGAUAUUUGAGGAUUUUAUAUGGGCUGAUAAUAUCAGCACACCGAUUUUCAGUCAGGUUCUAUUCACAAAAUAUUCACUCUGCCCACUAGGCCCCUAGCCGCUCUGCAAAUGGGUCCCAUCUU